AUGCCGGGGACCCCUCAGCGACGGGGACCUUCCCUGCCUGCUGUCCAGCAGCGACCUGUCAGGAACCGCAAGAUCAAGCAGAAGGGAUACGAGUUUGAAGUCCUUAGUCAGGCCCCCAGGUCCGGGUCGUUGUAUGCUUUCACUCCCGGAAAGAAGAGGAAGCAUGAGCUGCAGAGUCGGAAACCUGGCAGGCCUCGUAGGUUGCCGGCUGCGGAGGACCCGGUAGCGGAGCCCUCCACGUCUGCUCCAGUAGCCCCUGCUCCAGAGUUAGCGCCGGGACCUGAUGAAGCAACUGAACCGGCCCAGCCAGUAAAGAGGCGCCCUGGUCGUCCUCCCAAAGUCCGCCCUCCUCCAGGUGGCGCUGCGAAUAUGGGAAACCCUAAGCCUGCUGCUGUACCCCAGGAAUCAGGAAAGCCAGAAAAGUCGUCAAGGCAUCUUCGGGCUGAGCAGCGAGCCCAGCAGCGGGCUGAGCGUGAGGUGGUUGCACAAGAUGAUCUAGUUGACACCAACCGGGAAACGGACGCGUCAGUGGAAGGUCAGAGACGUCUCGCAAGGAGAACCGGGACUCGACAAGAAGAGACCAAGAAAAACAGCGAGCGUCCAGAUGCCUCGACUCGCACACACAGCAGUCGAGAUGAUUCCAUGGGCCAGAGGAAAAGGCAGCGGUUGACUGUGGACAUUGGCAGCGGACCGCCAGCAAAAGCAGCGCCCACUAUAUCGGAUAAGCCAGUACCCAGGCCCGUCCAGCAAGUACUCUACAACGGAAGCAUGUUCAGCAAAAUCGACAUUUCGAGGACUCAAAACUUGCGUGAAAGUACCGGGACGAGCAGCAAUGGCGCCUUACACAUAAACGGGGAUUCUGAUAGUCACAAAAAUGGCAUAGACCAAUCGCAGCAGCUGGACUUCAAAGCCGAGGACCUCUUACCUGACCCAAUGCUCGCCCAUGUGGUCUGGAUCGCCCAAGACAACGCCUGGAAUCGAAGUCGAGAGCAGGAGCUGAGGCUUAGUAUUGGCAACUGGGCUGCGAACGCGGCUAGUGCAGCAAAGGGUAACGAUGCCGAGUUAUGGAUGUGGCGUCUCAUGAUUCACUUCUUCAAGGCCAUGCCGCAUGAGCUCUGGAGAUACGGACUUCGUCCACACCGCGGCGAAUGCUGGGCUACUGGAGCCGUAACUGGUUCGAGGCCCAGCGAACAAGCGUAUAAUCCUAGUUAUGACUUUUGUCUCGAGCUGGGAAUUCUUCUCUGUCACCCAGUCUGGGAUGGAGAUCUCAUGAAACUUCGUUAUGCUCUACAAAUAGCCAUCUGCAGCCGUAUCAGGGACCACGAGCCUCCAGUCGCCGGGCUAAACAGUCGUAUGAUUGCUUCGACCAAGCAAAUCACCGACGUCCUUGUUAACUCUUGCAAGAAAAUGGCGCCCGAAAAGGAGCUGGAACUGAUGUGCAAGAUCCAAUCCCAAUAUUAUCAUUGUGGUGGUAUCAAGUCCGACAAAGAUAUCCAAUGGCUGACCUCAAAGCUAUCAACCUUGAAAAGAGGCAGCUGUAUAACCGCGUCUGAAGAAGAGCGACUGAUUUUCUUCUUGCGCGCAUCCGACAUGAAGGCGCUUCGAGAGGCGCUGGAUGCGCAGGAAUCUCAUGGCCAGGCGAAGUGGCGUCCUGCGGUCGAGUACUGUCGUAUUUUUGCCGAAACACCGGCCGGCAUGGCCCUGACGGGCGAGCCAGCACAGUCCCCAAACCAGAAGGUCCUAGUCCCGGCCGAUCAUUUGACCCUCGCACGCUGGAAGGCAGAGUGUUUCAUCGCUGAGAGGCGUGAGCGACUGAUCCGGGAGGAGGCGCUCCCCACCUUUGCAAUGCUUUUUGACAUCCCCCGUGGCGAUCCACAGCCCUAUCACGUCUUCAGUAGAGGGGAGUUUUCGGAAGCACAGCAGCGGAUUGUCACUGGCACCGUAAACUUGCCGGAGAAGUAA